AUGGUGAGACUGAAGCCACUUCCGGAACCGAGCACCGCGAGUGAACAGAACCUGCCUCUGCCUCAGCCCGCCUCGUCAUCAGUGCGCAUGCGUAUACGUCACUUCCGCUCCGAGCAGCGCCUCCGCGCCGCCCUUCUGGAGCUGGGCGUGGUUCCGUGUUUCCCAGGUCUUCAAGGCCCUGCUGGUCCCCCUGGAGCCCCAGGCAUCUCCUUGCCCUCAGUCAUAGCAGGACAGCCUGGCGGCCCUGGGCGGCCAGGCCUAGAUGGAGAACGAGGCCGCCCAGGCAACCCUGGGCCUCCAGGUCCCCCCCCCCCGCCCGGGCCAUCCUCGGAUCAAGGCGACCCUGGAGACCCUGGCUUCCCUGGAAUUGCAGGCCUUCAAGGGCCCAAGGGAAACCAAGGGUUUCCAGGUUUCUCUGGCCUCCCUGGAGAUCUAGGGCUGAAAGGCAUGAGAGGGGAGGCUGGCUUCAUGGGGACUCCAGGCAAGGUUGGGCCACCAGGAGACCCAGGAUUUCCUGGAAUGAAAGUGAAGGCGGGGCCAAGAGGCUUUCCCGGCCCCCAGGGUGCUCCUGGACAUACACCGAUUGCUGAAGCUGUCCAGGUUCCCCCUGGAUCCCUGGGCCUGCCAGGCAUCGAUGGUAUCCCUGGUCUCACAGGGGAGCCUAGGAUUCAAGGCUCUGUGGGUCUGCAAGUCUCCAAAGAUUUACCUGGCAUCCCUGGAAAGGAUGGCCCCAGUGGGCUUCCAGGCCUACCUUGUACCCUUGGUGUUCCUGGUCUCCCUGGACUACAAGGCCCACCAGGAUUUGAAGGAUCUCCAGGGCAGCAGGGCCCCUUUGGGAGGUCUGGAGUGCCUGGGCACAGUGUGAGAGUGGUCUACACACUGGUGAAGCACAGUCAGUCAGAACAGGUGCCCCUGUGCCCCAUCGGGAUGAGCCGGCUGUGGGUGGGUUACAGGUUGCUGUUCAUGGAGGGACAGGAGAAAGCCCAUAACCAGGACCUAGGAUUUGCUGGCUCCUGCCUACCCCGCUUCAGCACCAUGCCCUUCAUCUACUGCAACAUCAAUGAAGUCUGCCACUAUGCCAGACGCAAUGAUAAAUCCUACUGGCUCUCCACUACUGCCCCCAUUCCCAUGAUGCCUGUGGGCCAGACCCAGAUUCCCCAAUACAUCAGCCGCUGCUCUGUAUGUGAAGCACCCUCACAAGCUAUUGCUGUGCACAGCCAGGACCUCCCAACACCACAGUGCCCUCUGGACUGGCGCAGCCUCUGGAUUGGGGACUCCUUCCUCAUGCACACUGCUGCUGGGGCAGAGGGCGGAGGCCAAUCCCUGGUCUCCCCUGGCUCCUGCCUUGAGGAUUUCUGGGCUACUCCUUUCAUCAAAUGCAGCGGUGCCUGAGGUACCUGCCACUACUUUGCCAACAAGUACAGUUUCUGGCUGACGACCAUGGAGGAGAGGCAGCAGUUUGGGGAAGAACCUGUGUCUGAGACACUGAAGGCUGGGCAGCUGCACAGCAGGGUGAGCCGCUGCCAGGUGUGUAUGAAAAGCCUAUAAGGAGUCACCUGUC